AUGAGUUUCCAAUUCAAUAUUAAGGAUUAUGAUGAUGUUGCAGUUGUUCCACUGACCCAUGACGGUGAAGAAGACAAUGAAUUAUGCCGGAUUAUGUACUCGGAGGAGUACAAACAAGUGAUGUCGCUAGUGAGAGCAUUGAUUAAGGAAAAUGAAUUGUCUGUUAGAGCAUUGAGUUUGACUUCAAAGGCAAUUGAAUUGUCUCCUGCUUUCUAUACAGUAUGGAACUAUCGUUAUAGAAUCCUUGAACAUCUGCUGCAAGAGGAGACGUUGUUGCAAAAUGGUCACGAUGCAUCAUAUCUGUUGAACAAAGAACUAGAUUGGUUAGAUGAGUUCACUUUGAAUAACCCUAAAAACUAUCAAAUUUGGUCAUAUCGUCAAGCUCUAUUGACCCAUUUACAUCUACACGCAACCUUCACUAGAGAACAACCUAUUAUGGAACUUAUGAUAGAUGAUGAUUCAAAAAAUUAUCAUGUUUGGUCCUAUCGUAAAUGGUGUUGUUCUCAUUUCAGAACUUAUGGUCAUGAAUUGACAUUCACUGAGAAAUAUAUCGAGAGAGACGUAUAUAACAAUAGUGCAUGGAAUCAUAGAUUAUCGGUAUUGAAACAAUGCGAUAUUGAUUUUGAUCAAGAAUUACAAUAUGCCAAGGGGAAGAUCGAGUAUGUACCACAAAAUAUAAGUACUUGGACUUAUCUGAGAGGACUAUUGGAAUCUCAGGAGACACCAAAGGUACUUGUGGAUGAGUUAUUGACUUUCACAACUAAAUUCCUAGAUGAAUCAUCAUAUGCUUUAGAAUUUUUCGCUUAUUUGAAUUCUUUACCUGAAGUUAAUGAACCCCAAAAAGCUAUUGAAGCCUAUACUACUCUAGCUACAAAAGCAGAUCCUAUCAGAAAGAAUCUUUGGGAUCACAAGAUUCAAUUGCUACAGAAAUCAUAA